CAGACCAGUCUGUAGUGUAGUGAUAAGAUAAUAUCUCGUUUAAUAGUUUCACUUAUUUUAUUCUCCACCGCAAUCUCAAUGGAUUUUUUGUGUUAGCGUCAAACUGAUUGUAGUUAACUUUCAGAAUUUUUCAGCAUAUCCAUUUCUUUAUCCAAGUGUCUCUCCAAAUUCUCUCUCUGAAAUGUCUGCCCCUGCUGAGGAGUCAAGCGUCAGGUGUUUCGGUGGCUACCAAAAAAUUUAUACUCAUGACAGCCGAGAAUUGAAAUGCUCAAUGAAAUUUGCUGUCUACCUUCCUCCUCAGUGUGAAGAUUCAAAAGUUCCGGUCAUCUAUUGGCUCUCUGGUUUGACAUGCAAUGAACAAAACUUCAUUCAAAAAGCUGGUGCCCAACGCUUAGCAGCUGAGUAUGGGUAUAUAAUUGUCUGUCCUGACACAAGUCCAAGAAAUUGUCAUAUUCCUGGUGAAGAUGAAAGUUGGGACUUUGGAACAGGUGCUGGAUUUUAUGUGGAUGCCACUCAAAAACCAUGGAGCGAACACUAUCGAAUGUAUUCAUAUGUGACGUCUGAAUUACCUGAAGUAAUUGAAAAACACUUUCCAGUUAAUGUUGAGAGACAAAGCAUCAUGGGUCACAGCAUGGGAGGUCAUGGUGCCUUGAUUUGUGCGUUGAAAAACCCUGGAAAGUACCGAACCGUGAGUGCCUUUGCCCCCAUCUGCAAUCCAUCCUCAUGCCCAUGGGGACGUGAUAAGGCAUUACCCAGGUAUUUGGGUGGUGAUCCUAAAACUCCGCACCCUAACUGGGCAGAGUAUGAUGCCACAGAACUCGUUAAGAAAUACAAUGGACCUCCUCUUCAAAUCCUCAUUGAUCAGGGAGCUGCUGAUAAUUUUCUGAAAGAUGGACAGUUACUUCCACUGAACUUUGUGAAUGCAAGCAAGGAUUCCCUCGUUUCUGUAAUUUAUAAGCAACAAGCUGGUUAUGAUCACAGCUACUUUUUCAUUGCAACGUUUAUCGAAGACCAUUUUAAACAUCACUCAAAAUUCUUAGAUAGCUAAUUUUUUUAAAA